AUGGUUGUGCCUGUUAUUAUACCCGAGAUUGACCCUAAACCGAUCCCAAGUCCCGACCGAGUACCCAGCGAGACUGCAUCGUUGAACGCCUCCGUUUGCUUUGUUACUGCGGUACAGGGCAGAUGUCUGGUGCUACUGCGGUAUGCGGCAAGCGAUGCCUCUUCGGUUAAGUCGCAGGAGGGGGAGAGGCUCAACGAUGAUAGCAAUUACAGUCUGGCUCUCACUACCUCGACUAUUUCCAUGACGUCGUGGGAUUUGACUGAUGUUGAACUAAAAGUUAUCGAUUUGACUGGUUCACACUAUAGUUGUCCCGGAAUACGAUCUAAGAAAUCCUCGAACAGUACAACACGCCAAAAAGCUGGAGGCGGUGGUGGUGGCGGAUCUCGCCUUCUUUCGCGACACUUUGGAUUUUCUCUAUCUGGGGUACAACAGGCCAUCCCGAGUAACGAGCCCGGCUGUGUUCUGUUUAAGAUGUGGAAAGGAGGACUUUGGCGAGAGCUAGGCCCAGUGGCGGUCGCUAUCGCAUACGGCACUACUGAGGGGGAUGAUGAUGAUGACGAUUUGGAGGGAAUUGUGUUCGAGCCCGGGGUGCACGAGGAGAAAAGGCCAGGUUGUGCAUUGCUAAGAUACGGCCCUCGAACUGGAUGGACCGAAGCUCUAAUUAAUGACCCAGAGCUACUGCCCAGACUUGCUAAUGGUGUGAAGAUUGCUCGCAAUGGGAGCUGGGCUGUAUGGAGAGUUGAUAAGACCGACUUGCCGACGGAGGCUUCCCUUGGGGAUCUGAUGAUGGUUGAUUUGGAGCCACCGCCCAUUGGAGGGAAGGCGAGAGCGCUUACCACUGAGGCGGGGAAUCUUGAUCGUUAUGAACCUUCACCUUGUGGGAACUACAUUGCGUAUAUGGCGAACUACGUAGAGCCUGCAAGGUACAUCAGAGCCGUCAGUGCUGAGUUUAGUGACACUGAUGCUCUCCUGGUCCUGUCUGUGCCCUGUACGACUAGAACGAUGGGCUAUCAGCCUGAGGGAGGAGUUUACGUUUACGGGAGCGAUACGUUGAAUGAUGCACUAUCUCUAGUUGCUGUUGACGCCAAGACUGGCAAGCUAGCCGGAAGCAUCCCUCUCCCGUACGACGUCAGCGCUGAUUCCUUGGCAGUGACUGAGCUCGAAUGGGAUAGAGAACUGAGAGGAACGCCAGCCGGUCGUGUUAGCCUUGUUGGUGGCAGUUACGGCGGAUACCUCGCCUUGCGAUGCGUCAUACUCCAUCCGGAAAUGUUCCAAUGUGUCGUGGCGAGAUACCCGUGGGUUUCCACCAGAUGGAACGGAGCAGAGACGGGUGACUUUACUUAUGAAGAUGAGUUUUGGGCAAACGAAUCUGAAAGUACAGUGUGGCCGGUGCCGUCGCAGCUGCAAGAAGCUGAUGUACUCGGCCCACAGGUUCUGCAGUUGCUAAAGGUUCCACUACUGCUCAUGCACGGGUCAAAGGACAACGUAUGUCCUGUAUCGAACAGCAAGGUUCUCUUCAAUGUACUUGACAAUCAACGAGGGAGCUCGGACGGCAUGGCCGCCGAUCUUCGAUUCGUCGUGUUCCCUGGCGAAGGCCACGGCUUUAGAGGUGCCGCUGCGGCAGAGGCAAAUAUGAGGCAGCUCAAAUGGCUCCAUAAGUUCAUGCCGGUGACGGAGAAUGUAUCGGUUUAA